ACCACUUGUAUAGUCCAAUAACAAUGAUCGCGAACUUACUUGCCGUAUUUCUUCUAGUUGUACCACUACACUCCCAAAACGAUAGUGCUACAGUAGAGUAUUACGUACAACUAAUCACAGACCUUUACAAAAACGGAGAAACAUACAAAUGGCCCACCGACGCCUACGAAUAUUAUUCAGACGGAAAACGUCAACAAUAUGGAAGUUACGACUUUGUGGUGAUCGGAGCCGGUGCUGGUGGUUCCGUAGCUGCUAGUCGCCUCUCAGAAAUUGAAAACUGGAACGUGUUGGUAUUAGAAGCUGGUGGCUACGGAGACAACGCCACCGAUGUACCUAAUUUGUACACGCCCAUUGAGUUCAGCCACUACAAUUGGGCCUACAACAGUACACCACAGAAAACAUGCUGUUUAGGAGCCCGAAAUCAACUUUGUCUGUAUCCCCGAGGCAAAGGCGUUGGUGGUACCACCUUAAUUAACGGUUUAGUUUACGCUCGAGGCUACAAGUCCGACUUUGACAAGUGGGAAAAGUUUGCCAACGAUAAACGAUGGGGGUACGACUCGGUACUUCACUAUUUCAAAAAAUCCGAGAACUUUGUUCACAACGAUAAACAGGCACCCUAUGACCCAUCUUAUCAUGGAACCGGAGGUUAUCUACGAGUCGAGUACCAUCAACCGAACAGUCCACAAUUGAAUGCUUUUUUGGAAGCUAACAAAGAACUAGGUUUCGACAUUGUAGACUACAACGCGAAUAAACUGGGAGCGUCACAGUCGCAAAUUAACACAAUCAAUGGGAGAAGAUUAGAUGGCGCCAAAGCUUUUCUUCGCCCGGUACGACAAAGAAAAAAUUUGGAGAUUUUAACGCAUAGUUACGUUAAGAAAAUACUGACAGAUAAAGGGGUCGCUAAGGCGGUCGAGUUUAGUCACAAAGGUAAAAAUUAUUUCGUUGAAGUGAAGAAAGAGGUGAUUCUUGCAGCCGGUGCCAUUGGUACUUCGCAAAUACUAAUGUGGUCGGGGAUUGGCCCAAAACAGCAUUUAGAAGAUUUAAAAAUUGAUGUGGUUGCCGAUUUGCCAGUGGGUACUGCUCUCAGAGACAACACUCUCUUCUAUGGACUUACAGUUCACACUAACUACACUGAACCGGUACGACCUUUAAGAGAUUACGUUGAAGAAUAUUUAAACGGUGUGGGUCCUUUUGCGAUUGCUAAUAAUAACGCAGGAGUUGGUUUCUACGAAUCUAGCUACACGAAAGGUACUGGAAUUCCUGACAUAGAGCUAGAGUUUAUUGCGGCCAACGCCACGAGUUCACUUUCGGCGAGAAGUCUUGAGCUGACUGAAGAAACGUACGAAGAUUUGUGGAAGAAUAUUAACGUACCUCAGUCGUUUACUGUCUAUGUUGUCAGCUUACAUGACGUAUCUAAGGGUACCAUCAGACUGAAAAGCAGGAAUCCGUACGAGUAUCCCAUGAUCGAUACAAAUCUUUUAUCCGAUUCUGGAAAUAAGGAUAUAAGGGUCCUUUAUGAAGGGGUUCAAUUAGUUUUGAAAUUACUCAAGACGAAAGCUUUUAGAGCAAUGAACGCUACUUUGCAAGGAGGGCCCUUAAGAGCUUGUAGGAAGCAUGAGUAUCUUUCUGAAGACUACUGGUACUGCGCUAUACGACAAGUUUCUUCUAACUUGUACCAUCCACUGGGAACCUGUCCCAUGGGAACCGAUCCUAAAAAGGGAGCUGUCGUUGAUUCCAAAUUGAAGGUUUUUGGUUUUAGAAAUCUGAGAGUUGCAGAUGCUAGUGUUUUUCCUUUUCCUUUGGCUGGUCACCCGAAUGCACCUACUGUUAUGGUUGGAGAGCAGCUGGGAGAUCUAGUUAAGCUCACUUAUAAUAAAAAGUUGUAAUAACUGUUAUUGUUAUAAGUUCAAAUUGUCAUUUCG